AACUCCAGGCUUCAGCUGCUGACCCAAAAGCCUCUUCAGCUCCGUCUCUCUCUGCUAUUGACUUCAUUUUCCAUGAAUCCACCCUAUUAUUGACAAACUGCAAGGACUGAACAGUCAAAUUCGCCUACAAAAAACUCACCACUUUUGGCAUCAUGAUUCCUGUGAUGGAAUUCCGGCAGUUCUCUGAACAACAGCCAGCGUUCAGAGUGCUGAAGCCGUGGUGGGAUGUGUUCACUGACUAUCUGUCUGUAAUCAUGCUCAUGAUUGGUGUCUUUGGAUGCACCCUUCAGGUAAUGCAAGAUAAAAUCAUAUGCCUUCCGCAGAGAACAUCGUUGCCUUCAGAGAACACAAGUGACGUGGAGGUGAAGUCGCUGUUACACCUGCAGUCCAAUACUUCAGUGGUACCGAGAGAAAUGACAGGCCUGAAAACCGAUCUGGAUCUUCAACAGUACAGUUUCAUCAAUCAGAUGUGUUAUGAGAAGGCUCUGCAUUGGUAUGCCAAGUACUUUCCUUAUUUGGUUCUUAUACACACUCUAGUCUUCAUGGUGUGCAGCAACUUCUGGUUCAAAUUCCCUGGCUCGAGCUCUAAAAUAGAGCAUUUUAUCUCCAUGCUUGGCAAGUGUUUUGACUCUCCCUGGACCACACGAGCUUUGUCAGAGGUGUCCGGGGAAAAUCCAGAAGAAAAGGACCAUAAAAAGAGUGGCACUUCCAGGUCCAACAUCGCCGUGUCUCCCGGAGAAGGAAGUUUGGAGAAGACGCAGUCCCUACGGUCUAUCCCGGAAAAGAUUGUAGUUGAAAAGCCGUCAGCAAGUGUUCUUGACAAAAAAGAGGGCGAACAAGCUAAAGCUCUUUUUGAAAAGGUGAAGAAGUUCCGUUUGCAUGUCGAGGAAGGAGACAUCCUCUAUCUCAUGUACGUUCGCCAGACAGUGUUCAAAGUGUUUAAGUUCCUCCUGAUCAUUGCCUAUAACAGUUCUCUGGUGAAUAAAGUGCGGAAUAGAGUACGUUGCGAAGUUGAGAUCCAGGACAUGACAGGCUAUAAAGACUUUGAAUGUAAUCACACUAUGGCUCAUCUGUUUUCUAAGCUUUCUUACUGUUACCUGUGUUUAGUGGCCGUCUAUGGAUUAACGAGCCUUUACACCUCUUACUGGCUGUUUUACCGCUCGCUGAAAGAAUACUCCUUUGAGUAUGUGCGACAGGAAACGGGCAUCAAUGACAUCCCAGACGUCAAGAACGACUUUGCUUUCAUGCUACACAUGAUUGAUCAGUACGACCCGCUGUAUUCUAAACGAUUUGCAGUUUUUCUAUCCGAGGUCAGCGAGAACAAACUGAAGCAGCUCAACCUGAACCACGAGUGGACUGCUGAGAAAUUGCGUCAGAGACUCCAGACUAACACCAACAACAGACUUGAACUUCAGCUGUUCAUGCUCCCUGGGUUACCUGACACUGUCUUUGAGUUGACGGAGCUGCAAUCACUCAAGCUAGAGAUCAUCAACAAUGUCACCAUCCCGGCCUCAAUCUCUCAGCUGGAAGACCUUCAGGAGCUGUCUCUUUACCAAUGCUCUUUGAAGUUGCACACAACAGCUACCUCCUUCCUCAAAGAGAACCUGAAAGUGCUUCGCGUGAAGUUUGAUGAUAACAGGGAACUUCCAAACUGGAUGUAUGGCCUGCGCAACUUAGAGGAGCUCUAUCUCACUGGAUCACUAAGCCCUGAUGCCUCCAAAAAUAUAGUUUUUGAGUCACUGCGGGAGAUGAAGUGUUUGAAAACUCUCUCCCUCAAGAGUAAUUUGACUAAGAUACCCCAGUCUAUAGUGGAUGUUUCCAGCCAUCUGCAGCGGCUGUACUUACACAAUGAUGGCACUAAGCUAGUAAUGCUCAACAACCUGAAAAAGAUGUCCAAUCUGAUCGAGCUGGAGCUAGUGCGCUGUGAUCUCGAGCGCAUCCCACAUGCAAUCUUCAGCCUGACGAAUCUGCAAGAACUUGACCUGAAAGAAAAUAACCUUCGCUCAAUAGAGGAGAUUAUCAGCUUCCAGCAUCUUCGAAAACUCACGAGCCUCAAACUUUGGUACAAUGGUAUCAUGUAUAUCCCGGAGCAUAUCAAGAAGCUCGGUAGCCUUGAGCGCCUCUACUUCAGCCACAACAAGAUCGAGAUAUUGCCUUCACACCUGUUCUUGUGCAACAAGCUGCGCUACCUGGACCUGUCCAACAAUGACAUCCGAUUCAUCCCUCCAGAAAUUGGAGUCCUUCAGAGUCUACAGUAUUUCUCUGUCACCUGUAACAAAAUCGAAAAUCUGCCAGAUGAGCUCUUCUUUUGCAAAAAGCUCAAAACGCUAAAGCUUGGCAAGAACUCGCUGUCCAUACUCUCACCAAAGAUUUCCUACCUAGCUCUACUGACAUACCUGGAUCUCAAAGGCAACCACUUUGAACUCCUGCCACAGGAACUUGGUUGCUGUCGUGCUUUGAAGCGCAGUGGCCUUAUAGUGGAAGAGACACUGUUUGAAACUCUGCCUUCAGAUGUCAGGGACCAAAUGAAGGCUGAGUGAAAUGCCACAGUAUUGUAGCCACAGUGCCUGCUGUUUGCUCUGUCUACCAAUUCAGAGCAUUUGUUUUGUAGAAACUCAUUACCAUACUUAGGUAUUACACUACUGUUAAGAAAGUUAAGAAUUCUUCCUUCAGUUUCCUUGACGGAGGUAAAAAUUACAUAUUCAUAUGCUGUAUUGUCAUAGAGAACGUGGCUGCAACAGGGUUGCUUGCUCUGUUAUUAACUUCUGACAUAUUAUACAGCCACAAAUCCUUCUUCACAUUCUUUCUGAGACUGAAAUUAAAAGAUCAUAUCUUAAUCACAUAUCUAAACAUGAAGCAACAGUCAGCAGGUGAUUAUCUUACCUUAGCACAAAGCCAGGAAGCGGGAGGUAAUACCAAGCCUGGCUCUGUCCAGAAGUGAAAAAAUACACCUACCAGCACCUCUGAAGUAGCAUAUUUUAUUUUGUUUAUUUAAUUCAUUAAAAAAAAAUUACUGUAGAGAAAAGUCAUGGUUUUAUGGGGAGCUACAUGCUUGAUGUUUUUUUUUUUUUUGGCUUGGUGCAGUUAAUGAAGUCUCUUAAUAGCUGCUGGUAGGUGGACAUUACUGGUAAUCACUAGACAGAGCGAGGCUAGCUGUUUGCACCUGCUUCAUUUCUUUAUGCUAAGCUAACUGUCUGCUGACUGUAGCUUCAUAGUUUGUGCCCAGACAUGAGAGUGAAACCGACCCUCUCUUUAAAAUCUCAGCAAGACAGAAAAUCAUUUUUUAUUUCCCCAAACAUUUUUAAGCACAUUUCCUGUCACUGCUACAAAAGACAUUUGAGUACUGAAUGUAAAUCUUAACUGAAGACCUCACUUAAGUUUAGGCCAGUAGCCUUACAUAUGCUGUAUUUUAUAUACUUUAUGUUGCCCUUACGAAGCUUUUUAUUUUCUUAAACAGACUGUUAGUUCACAUGGAUCGCACCAGGGAAAAUGCAAAAAACAAAGGAUAUAACAUAUAGAAGUACAUGUAUUACCUUGGCUAAACAGCUCUGUAUUAUAGAAAGAUGACAUUUUGAAGUGCAUUAAACUUGAAGGACUAUGUCAUACUGGUGUUUUCUUCGGUUCUUGAAAUGUGCAUAAGAAGUAUGCAGCCUACUACAAAAAUGUAUUUUUAUAAACAGUAUUUUUAUGUUGCUGACCAAUAAAAACUCAUUUUUGUACAUGUCAUUUCUUAGGGUGGAAUUUCUGAAAGUUUUAAGACCACAAAAAUCCACUAUUUAAAAAGAAUGACCAGAUUUUCAGACAAAAUAAUAAUAAUAAUAAUACAGUCUGAUGCAGUGUAGUGAAAGCAACAGUGCUGAACUAGAAUUUUAGAAAAAAAAUAAAAUU